UGAAGCGUCUGUGGAAACCUCAAGCCGUCAGACUCGGCCGGGACCCGGCGAUGGCUCUCCGCUCGCUGAUGGCCUGCUGCAGCUGCUGGCUGCUGCUCUCAGCUGCUGAGGUUCCAAAUAUCAUCUAUCCGUUCACCUCCACCUGUGCAGUCGAAGGAUCCACCCUCACCCUCCCCUGCAGCUUCACACCCCUGACGUCUGUCACUGUCUGGAGGAAGACCAUUUACCUGAAAAUCGUCCGAGUCGUUUGGUGCAGGAACCAUCAGAUCUGCAACGGUGAAACCCCGACUGUAUAUGACAGUGAAAUACAGAGAACAUCUCGUUUUCAGUACCUGGGAGACAUGGAGACAGUCUGUACUCUACAGAUCAGGAACAUCCAGAGUUAUGAUGGGGGAACCUUCCGCUUCAGGAUGGAAACUAAUGAUACUGUGGGACAUUUUACAAACCAAACAGGAGUCACAGUCAAAGUUUCAGACGGGGUCCAGAUGGAGAUCAGCAGCUCUGGAAAUCAUUCAGAGCUCAGAAAAGGUGGAGCAGUCACACUGAGGUGCUCGUCACACUGCGCCACCCACCGGCUGGAGGUCACGUGGUUCAGAGAUGGCCACGCCCUCCCAGAGUCUGGCCCCGCCCUCCAGCUCAGCCCUCUGACCGCAGAGCAUUCUGGGAACUACACGUGUCGACUGAAGGCCAAGGCGAGGACGACGUCGCAGCCGUUCAGCCUGAAGGUGGAAGGUCUGGAAGGUGUAGCAGUGGAGCUGAUUGCUGAUGCGCUCCGUGGCGUUCUUGUGGCCGUGAUUCCUCUCAUAGUGCUCUUCUUCGUCAUCAGAAGAUACAAUGAGGAAAAAGCAGUGAAGGAUUCAGGAGCUGAAGGGAAUCAAGAGGAAGAGACGGGAAACAAGAGGAGGCGAAGACUUUGAGGCUGAUGUCCAUCCAUCCAUCCGUCCGUCCAUCCGUCCGUCCGUCCGUCCGUCCGUCCAUCUAUCCAUCAUCCAUCCAUCCAUUGAUUCAUCUAUUAACCUGCUUUAACUUUUUCCUGUCUCUUUAUUUAGUCAUCACUUUGUCUUUGUCAUUCUCUUUUUUAACAUUUGUACAAAUAAACCAUACU